AUGAAAAUUAUAUUAGUGCUUAUUUUGAGUAUAUUUCUUUACCCUUCAUUGACAACACAAGGUACCACGGACGUCAAAAAUCAGGUAAUUUGCAAUAUAGCUGGAAGUGUCUGGACGAGUACAUAUGUUUUCGAUAUAAAACAACUGCCAGAACGUUGUGAUAUAGUUACAAUAGGUCAAUAUGCUUUUGACCGUGAUGAUGGUACUAAUACCCAUGUCACGGAAUCAGAUAAAAGUGCAAUAAAAAUCUUGAUAGAAGCUAAUAAACCUGUUUACUUACGCAUUGGCUUCGUAUAUAAAGAUGAUUGGAGUUUAGUAUUUGAUCCUGCGGAUGCAGAUGUAUUUCAGAAGACAAUGUUUGAUCCAUUAAUCAAUUUUUUAACUACAACUAAAGUUAAUGGUCUUCUUAUUAACUGUGUAGACUUAUACGAGUAUGUUGCUAUAGAUAAUUUGGAACAAAAAAUUAGUAACUUUGUGUGUGCAAUUAAAGCAAAAAUAGAUAAAUUAAUAGUUGGUGUAUUCAUAUCUGGUGUGUACUAUGAAAGUUUUCCAGAUAAUACUAUUUUUGAUUUUUCAAUAACAAAUGCAGUAUUGGAUCUUUAUAUCAUUGAUUGGUCAGUAUUAAACGAUUGUGAAGAUAAAAAAAAUAAAACUGAUAUGACUCCAAUAUCAUCCACUACUCCAAAUACGACGACUGUAGAACAAGUCACUUGUGCUGUGACUAAUUCACGUAUGGAUAAAUCGAAAAUAUAUGCUAUGGUACAAAUGCUUCCAGUACUUCCACAAAGUCUUCUUCUCGAAGGCGAAAAGCGUAUUACAACGUAUUCUAUAUUUUGUGAAAUGACUCAAGCUGAUUCAUCUGAAUGGUGCAGUAGCCCUUCAAAAAUGUCAUAUGAUCAAGGAGCUUACGCAAAAAAAUUCUAUGUUGGAAUUGUCUUACAACAGCUUGAUACAGAUGAUUACGAGAGUAAAUGUAAAUGUGGCCCAUUUCCAGUAUCAAACUUAAUUAUUGAUGGAUGGGCAGGAUGUUCUUUUAAUGAUUGUCCAAAACUAGAUCGAAAUUAA